AUGAUUUACAAGGGGAUUUACCAUUUGUUCUACCAGUACAACCCAUAUGAAGCAGUUUGGGGGAACAUAGUUUGGGCCCAUUCUACAUCAACAGACCUCGUCAACUGGGCCGCACAUCCACCAGCCAUAUACCCAUCCCAUCCUUAUGAUAUCAAUGGAUGCUGGUCAGGUUCUGCCACAAUUCUCCCCGGUGAAAAACCAGCCAUUCUCUACACUGGAAUAAACCCCCAGAACCGCCAAGUUCAAAACCUAGCCAUGCCCAAGAACCUAUCAGACCCCUUCCUCAUAGAAUGGGUUAAAUCACCUUAUAAUCCGAUACUCAUACCCACUUUCGAAAACAAUAUCGAUCCGAGCUCGUUUCGAGACCCAACCACUGCUUGGCUUGGUCCUGAUGGGAGAUGGAGAAUGAUCAUCGGAAGCAAUAGAAAUGGCCGUGGAAUGGCACUUCUUUACAGAAGCAAGGAUUUUAUUCACUGGAAAAAAGCUCAGCACCCUCUUCACUCCUCUAAGGACACUGGAAUGUGGGAGUGUCCUGAUUUUUAUCCAGUUUCUAAUAGCAGCAAAAAUGGUUUCGAUUCAUCGGUGAUUGGUUCGGGCAUUAGGCAUGUUCUUAAGGCAAGCUUGGGUGGAACUGGGCAUGAGUACUAUACUGUUGGAACUUAUAAUCCUGAGAACGAUACCUAUGUUCCAGACAAGGGAUUUGUAGAUGACAGUAGGGGGUUGAGGUAUGAUUAUGGAAAGUUUUAUGGUUCAAAAACUUUCUUUGACAGUGCUAAGAACAGGAGGGUCUUGUGGGGUUGGAUCAGUGAAUCGACAAAUGCAACCAUUGAUCUUACGAAGGGAUGGUCUGGACUUCAGGCAAUUCCUAGGAAGCUUUGGCUAGACAAAUCUGGGAAGCAAAUAAUGCAAUGGCCAGUUAAAGAGAUUGAAAAGCUACGUACUAACCAGGUUAACUUACCCAGCAAAGUGCUUAUUGGAGGGUCAGUGCUUGAAGUUGCUGGGGUCACAGGUUCACAGGCAGAUGUAGAUAUUCUAUUUGAAAUAUCAGACUACGAGAAAGCGGACGUGUUGGACCCAAGUUGGACUAACCCACAAGAGCUCUGCAGCCGGAAUGGUGCCUCAGUUAAAGGUGGGCUAGGACCAUUCGGGUUAAUGGUUUUGGCUUCAAAGGACUUGCAGGAGUACACGGCAGUUUUCUUUAGAAUUUUCAAAGUUCAAACAAAUUAUGUGGUGCUCAUGUGCACUGACCUUAGCAGGUCUUCGUUACACUUAGAUUAUGACAAACCCACAUAUGGAGCUUUCAUGGAUUUGGAUCCUGUUCGAGAGAAGUUGUCACUGAGGAGUUUAAUAGAUCACUCCAUUGUAGAGAGCUUUGGUGGUGAAGGAAAGGCAUGCUUCACAGCUAGAGUUUAUCCCACCAUGGCCAUUGGUGAUGGGGCCCACUUGUUUGCCUUCAAUAAUGGAACUGAGAAUGUUACAAUCUCAAGCUUGACUGCAUGGAGUAUGAAGAAAGCUCAAAUCAAUUAA